GCCCCCCCACAGCCCCUGUCCCCCCCCAGCGGGCUGCCCUACUACUGGAACGUGGAGACCGACCUGGUGUCGUGGCUGUCCCCGAGCGACCCCAACUCCGUCAUCACCAAAGCCGCGCGCAGGCCCAGGGGCACCCCAGAGCCCGAGGAGCCCCCCGAGAAGGAGGAGGCGCCGCGGGAGCGCCGCGGGCACCGGCGUGAGGAGCUGGCACCGUACCCCAAGGGCAAGAAAGGCGGCCGCAAGGACGAGGAGCUGGACCCGAUGGACCCCAGCGCCUACUCGGACGCGCCCCGGGGCACGUGGUCCACGGGGCUCCCCAAGCGCAACGAGGCCAAGACGGGCGCGGACACGACGGCGGCCGGGCCCCUGUUCCAGCAGCGGCCGUACCCCAGCCCCGGCGCCGUGCUGCGCGCCAACGCCGAGGCCUCGCGCGGCAAGGACUGAGCCCGGGGGCGCCCCGAAACCGCACCCCGAAACCGCACCCCGAAACGGGUACCCUGAAAUGGCACCCCGAAACGGCACCCCGAAACGGGUACCCUGAAAUGGCACCCCGAAACGGCACCCCGAAACGGCACCUUGAAACACCACCCGCGCCCCUGGGGCACCCCGAAACGGGCACCCCGAAACACCAACCGUGCCCCCGGGGCACCCCGAAACGGCACCCCAAAACAGCACCGGGCCCGCUGGGGACCCACAAAGCUCCGGGGAUCUCCAAAUUCGGGCACCCCAAAACAUCACCGGCAGCUCCAGGAACCCACAAAGCUCCGGGGACCCCAAAACGGGCACCCCAAAAUGGGCACCCCAAAACUUCUCCAGGCCUCUGGGGACCCCCAAAGCUCGGGGACGCUCUCAGCCCCAAACCCCUCACACCCCAGGGAGCCCCGGAGUUCAGGGGUUCCACAAAACCUGGGGGGAAUUUCAACUACACGAGGGGUCCCCCAGAUCCCCCGGAGCACCCCCAAAACCUCAGCAGCUCCCCCAAGUCACCCAGAGGACCCCCAAAACACCAGGGGGUCACCCAAGUCCCUCAGGAAACCCCAAUGCACCCGAGGUUCCCCCAAAGCCCCAGGGAGACCCAAAAUCAGAGGACCCCCAAAAUCGGGGACCUCAAAACCGAGGGAACCCCAAAAUUGGGGAGCCCCAAAUCCGGGGCACCCCAAAAUCCUCCCCAGCCCCUCCCGGAACCCCCAAUGCACCCGGGGUCCCCCCAAGCUCAGGAGGAUCCCCUCAAAUCCCAGGACCCCCCCAUGCAUCAGGGGUUCCCCAAAAUCCCCCAGCACCCCAGAAAACCAGGGGGAUCCCCCAAAUCCCACUCCAAACUCCCCCACAUCACCCCCAAAGCCGGGGUCCCCCAAAUCCCCUGGGAUGCCCCCAAACCCCUCCCAGGACCUCUCACAGACCCCGAGGGGUCCCCAAAGCUUGGGGUCCCCCCAGACCCCCAAACCUGGAGUACCUCCAAAGUCUGGGGUCCCCCCAGCCCCCAAGGGUUCCCCCAAAGUUCAGGGUCACCCCCAAAUCCCCCAGACCCCCUCCCCAGCCCCCCCUCAUUUUAAUAAAGGCGCCGCAGCCCCA